UCGAUCAAAGAUAAGCCGUGCAAAAAGGUAUUUUGUGCUUUGAACCACAAGCUCUGCACUCUGCAGCAAGAGAGGAAAAACAGCAUCUUAUGACAACUAUUAAAUAUAUAAUGUUAAUAAUCACCAUAUCACUUCAGUAGUCACAUGCAUCUGCAACAUCCAGAAACUGGAGUCUUCCUGUCACUUAAAGGUAAAUAUAUGAAACAAUGCUCUUAAACUGAAGGCUUGAUUUUGCUGAAAGCACUCACCUGACAGUGAACACAGCCAGUCUCUGUGUGGGAGCUAUAAAUCUCUUCUCUGUUAAAAUCCUAGCAAGCAGAGCAAUGUCUCCAUCCCCUCAGUGCUUUCUUUUGAAAAAAAAAAGACAGGAAUAUGAAAGAGGGAGAGAAGACCAGAUGAUCUUAAUAUUUUUCUUUUGUCUUCCUUUGCAUUUCAGUCACUACAAAUUCCUACAAUAGACCAGAAGACCGAUUUUUACUGUCACAGUUCCUCACCUGAUGUGUCCAAGACAUAACUGAAAUCCUCAGCCAUGAGCUAUGCCCCAGGCAAGCAGAGCCUCUCAGAGCCUUUGGGUUAAGUGUACUUAAGUGAGUUUUACAAAUCAGAUUCUACAAUCACAGACUGGUUCUAGGAAGAUGGCAUUUUCCUCACAGCUGGUCAGAACACUGGUAUACUUUUAUGUCUUCAAGUUUCUGAAUUAGGUUAGAGUGCACAUGUUCGAUAUCCUUUGAGAUAUUCCUCUAAUGCAUCUGGACCUUAAAAAUGGAGCCCAAAUACCUGCAUGGUGAUGGGUUUACAGCUCCAUAGGCUCUGAACACUGUUUUUGCUCAACUUUCUGUGUGAUUUGAGUCUAUAACAUCUUGCUAUAGAUGCUUCUGUUCUCCUCAACUAUUUGAAACAUAGGUUGUACUGCAUGUGACCUCAGAUGUUAACUUCAGUCACCUUACCUUUUGUCUUUGUAUCCUUUGGUUCUGAGGAUUUCUCCCAACCACAGAGAUUUCUGGAGGGAGUUGACAGCAACUUCCUGACACAGGUGACUGAGCAGCCAACAAGGAAAAGUGCUCUGCUGGACCUCCAACUCACAGACAAUAGAGAACUUGUUGAGGAUGGAAAGGUCAGGGCCAGCCUUGGCUGCAGUGACCGUGAGCCACUGGUGCUCAGACUCAUGAGAGAAGGCAGCAGAGCAAAAGGCAGGACCUCAGCCCUGGACUUCAGGGGAGCAGACUUUCAUGUUCCUCAGAGAUCUGCUUGGAAGAGUCCCUUUGGAUACAUUUCUGGAGAGAAGAGGUGUCCAGGAGAGCUGUUUGGUAUUCAAGAGUCUCCUCCAAGCUCAAGAAGGGUCCAUUCUGACAACUGUCUGUAAAUUAAGCAUUUAUUCAUGUGAGAUGCAAUCACUGCCAUAUUUCUUUACUCUUCAUCUGGGAUCAGGUGCCUGGGAGAAUUCUGCUGUCUGAUCAGAAGAAUAUCUAUGUACUGCUGCUGUUUCAUACAUGUCAGUUUUUUGCAACAAGGGCUUGAUUUCAGGUCCUCAACAUACAAUUGCCAGUGCAGUUUUCUCUCUGAUUAACUACAGUUGCCCAUGCAGGAGACUGUCAUGGGAUGCUGCUGAGAUGAGCGAUCUUUUCCUUGACCCUCCUCCCCACUUCACCUUAAAAUCUGUUUCUCAGUUCUCUCCUCGUCACUUCGUUGUGUUCUACCGGUCUUUUAGUAAUUUCUCCUUCUCAUCUACCUCAGGGUGGCCAGACACAAAAUUAAAUGGGCUUUCCUGUCGGGAAUAAGGGGACCCUUUCCAUUGCCACCAUGCAGAGGCAGGUGUCUCUCCUAGCCUGACUCUUCCUGGAACCCUGCAUUCACAGGCACUUUUCCAAAGCACUUAGCAGUGGGUGCUUACCACCAACUGACUGCACGUAGCCAGCUGCCAGCAGCAGGGAAGCCAAACAAACUCAUUUCCUUUGUGCCUGGUGAGCCGCAGCCCAGGCCCACCAGUCACAGGGGAGAUCAUUUAAUUAAGCACCAGAUCAUUUCAUUAAGAAGUCUCUGCCAUGGCUGUCGACAGCUGCUGCUCUCUUUUGUUUUCCAGUCUUUUUUCCAGUGAGUGUUUGCAUCUCAGCUGAGCUUCGAGACUGAAAUCCUGCAGUUGUGCAUUUCCUCCCACAACCUAAGCCAAAGUGGAGACAGGACUACAGCCUUUUAACCAAUUUUGGCAUGUGGAAAUCUGGAGAGGGUUUUCUGCAAAGGCACCCCAUCCUCUUGCACAUGGAAGAGCCAUCGCUGAAGGCCAUUCAAGAUAGUCACCUCCUCCUUCCACACAACACAGUCCCUCCCCAUCUGGAGUGCCUUUCACUCUCCUUUGAGUCUCAACAAGAGCAGAGUGUGGCAAGCAAACAUGCUGCUGCUGGCAGCGCUUGUGGCCACAGCCACUUGGUCUUAUGGAUUUGCACAGGAAAUUCCCAUACAGAGUCCUAUAUCCAUCACCAAGUUCCAAAAAAGUGCACGAAUGACAUGUGAAAUUCAAACAUUAGGGGCAAAUUUUGAUGGUACUGUCAUACACUGGUAUCUGCAGAAGGAGGGUGAAGCUCCAAAGAGGUUCCUGUUCCUUUCAGGAGGAAAACCUACCGUUGAAUCUGGCUUUCAAGCAAGCAGAUACACAGUUGAAAGAAUUUCUGUCCGGAGACGGUGUGUUCUUACAAUAAAAGAUGUAAUUCCAGAUGAUGCUGCUACUUACUACUGUGCCUACUGGGAUCACUACAACAAGGUAUUUGGCUCAGGUACAAAACUCAUCGUGUCAGACAAAGGAAGCUCUUCACCAGCAAACUCAGAAAUCCUGCAGAAAAAGCAUGAAAAUGAGAUAAUGUAUGUUUGUCUUGUUGAGAAAUUCUACCCAGAAGUUAUUCGGGUCACAUGGACUGAGGAAGAAAAGGAGGUAACAGACAACGUAGUGAAAGGCGAUGUUUGGAAGCCCACAGGAGAGGAUGAAUACUCAAUUGCCAGCUGGUUAACUGUACCAGCAGAGAACAAAGACAAGAAAUAUUACUGCAAAUAUGAGCAUGAAAGCCAAAAGGAUUCACUGCCAACACAAGUAAAUUCUACAAAGAAUGCUCCUCAGGAAGGGGACUGCAGCGCAGUUCUUAAUAGAGAUGUUACAGACGUUAUGCUUCCAGAUCACUUAAUGCACAGGACAGCAUAUUUAGUGUACAUCAUCCUUCUUCUGAAGAGCAACAUGUAUUAUCUUAUCAUACUCUUCUUCAUCUACAGAGCGCGGGCUCCAACCAAGCACCAAGGAAAGAGAGCAUAAGAAAAGGUUUAAGAAAAGGGUGGAUUUACUUUGCUUCCCCAUAUAAACUCCCCUGCUCUGUAUUAGAUGUAACAGCAAAAAAAAAAUCCCAAAAUAAUUUUCGGGCAUUAGUGCAUAGGGCUCAUUUUGCUUUAUUGCUAGUGUUUUUGUAUCAGUCUGGUUUUCCUGUUUUUUUCUGAAUAUCAAACAAGGAUAGGCAAUAGCAGUAAAGGAUUUUAAUCCAAGAUCCCUAUUGCAAAAUGAAGAAGAUACUCAGAUUGAAAGUAGUUAUGCAUGCAGAAGAGUAGCAAUGUAAUGGUACUUUUGAUAUAUAAAGCACAGAUGGGUUUUGUCAUUGCACUUAAGGCUUAAUAAGGAGCAUUUCUGUGCAGUAAAUUCACAGAUAUUUUCUCAUUUUUACUUUCAAUGAUUUGUUGCCACUCUCAUUUAUCCAGCAAAUGAGGACUUAAUUAUUCUGAAGUGAUCAGUGCUUUAAGAGACAAUUAAACAUAAUUUUUAAAAGUGAACAUAGGAGUUUUGAAUGAAGAAGUCAGAUGAGAAUAAAACCAAUUACAAGGUGUAUGCAUACAGAAAUGAAGAAAUCCACCAGCACUGUGACACACUGUGUUUUUAAAGAAAGAAACCACUUGUAAUUAUCAUGUAUAUCACCUUGUUUAAAGAUAGCUUUUCAAAUUGAGCAAAACCUCAAAUAUGAAGCUUUGGUAAAGAAAGUAUUUUCCCAAAAGAAGAAAAAUUCUCAGAUGCUGGACUUUGAACUCUUGAUCUCCAGGUUCCAAAAAUUAGUUCCUUUCAGGUUUAUGCAGAAAAGUAGAAAUUAGACCUACUGGGAUAAAGCACUUGCUCGGUUUUGGGCAAAACAUUAUAAUAUGUUUGUAGAUAAGGGCUUGCAGCAUUUACACUCACUCUAUCUUUAAUGAUGAGGGCAAUAAAAGCUUUCCUCCAGC